AGCAUCUGCAGCCAACACUUCCGUCUUAACUUCGACAAUCCUCAACCGCUGGUACCUGUCAAGGCUCUCCUUAGUCUUGACAGUCCUGAUCAGCAUAUCAUCGACAAGAUGAAGUUGAAUAUUUCGUACCCGGCCAACGGGUCGCAGAAACUGAUCGAAGUCGAAGAUGACCGCAAGCUGCGCGUCUUCAUGGAGAAGCGCAUGGGCAACGAAGUCCCAGGUGACAGUCUAGGAGAUGAAUGGAAGGGCUAUAUCUUCCGCAUCACCGGUGGUAAUGACAAGCAAGGCUUUCCCAUGAAGCAGGGUGUCAUGCUUCCUACUCGUGUCAAACUCCUCCUUGCCGACGGCCACUCCUGCUACCGACCUCGACGAACCGGCGAACGCAAGCGCAAGUCUGUCCGUGGCUGCAUUGUUGGCCAAGACCUUUCCGUUCUGGCUCUUUCCAUCGUCAAGCAAGGCGAUGGUGAGAUUCCUGGUCUCACCGAUGUGGUCAACCCCAAGCGCCUGGGUCCCAAGCGAGCCACCAAGAUCCGAAGAUUCUUUGGCUUGAGCAAGCAAGAUGAUGUCAGGAAAUUCGUCAUCCGCCGCGAAGUCGUCCCCAAGAAAGAGGGCGCCAAGCCGUACACCAAGGCCCCUAAGAUUCAGAGACUUGUCACUCCCCAACGCAUGCAACACAAGCGACACCGCAUUGCUCUCAAGAGAAGACGCGCCGAGGCCGCCAAAGACGCUGCGAACGACUAUGCUCAAUUGUUGGCUAAGCGUGUGCAUGAGGAGCGUGAGAAGAGGACCGAGUUGAGGAAGAGACGUGCCUCCUCGAUGAGGAAGGAGUAAACGCGCAAAAUGUCCCAGCAAGAUACCGUUUCCACAAAAGCUUCAUGCAUACCACCUCGCCCAAAUCAUGGAAAAUGAAGGGUAUCAUCUGAGCUUAUUGGAGAAAAGUUCUGACGUGGUGGUUCCGGGAGGCCAAACGCAUAAACUGCCACCCAACGACUAAAGAUCUCGGGGUUGAAGUUGAGGAGAGACAUGGAGAACGGGGAAUGGAUAGUGCAGAACACGGACUGUGGUGUGGUGUCGCUGAUACUGGUGGAGAGUCAAACAUCAAAAUCCAGUUUCGCAAGUGGCAUGAGACUCAUAGACCAGGUGAAAAGCUCAACUGGGCAAAAGGAAAGAUCAAAUACUACGUC